GGUUCUGGACAAUUAUUGGGGAAGAGCCUUGGUUGGGGUUCUGGAUCCUUCCACAUCUGGAAGGGUCCAGAUUUUGACCUCGCUCUUUUUUCUGUCUUCCUUUCCACCGUGCUUUGCCCCCAACAAGCCGCGCAUUCCCAACCCUCUCGGAUCCUAUCUUGCCUUGCCCUUCUCUCGGAGCUUGUUUCCUUCUUUCUCUUGUUUCAUCAUGGCAAGGUACGGCGAGGGCGACAAGCGCUGGAUCGUUGAGGACAGGGCCGACGGCACCAACGUUCACAAUUGGCACUGGGCUGAAACUAACUGUCUUGAAUGGUCCAGAAACCUCUUCUCCAAGCUUCUCUCCGAUCUCACCGUUCUUGAUGGCGAGGGCAAUUUGUUCAUCAAGACUAAGAACGUCGACAAGGUCGAUGGCGAAGCCUAUGUCAAUAUCCGAAAGGGAAAAAUCAUUCCCGGCUAUGAACUCAAUCUCUCUUUGUCCUGGGAAGGAGAAGCCAAGGAUUCCGACGGCAAAUCUUUGCUCAAGGUCGAUGGGACCGUGCAAGUUCCCUAUAUCUCUGACGAGAAUGCCGAUGAGGAUCCUGAGCUUACGGUCACUGUCAAUGACGAAGGAACCAUUGGCAAGAGGCUCAAGGAGGCCAUGAUUUCACGGGGUAAACCUUUAAUCUUGGACAAAAUUAGGGUCUGGGUCGAGAGUAUGGCGAAAGGUGGGCCUGUCAAAGACGACUUAGAACCCAAAAAAGUGACUCAGCAGAAUCCAGCUGCCUCAACUUCCGCCGCUGCUCUCAAGCAAGAGGCUGUGGUGGAGAAAAAGGUGAAGAGUGAUGGCAAGAAAGGUCGUAAAACAAUCACCUUGACGGAGAAGUUUAGUUGCAGAGCAAGGGAUUUAUAUGAGAUAUUGAUGGAUGAGAAUAGGUGGAAAGGUUUCACGCAGAGCAAUGCGAAGAUAAGCAAGGAUGUUGGUGGAGAGUUUUUCAUUUUUAACGGGUCGGUGACCGGAACGAAUGUGGAAUUACAGGAAGCUAAACUGAUUGUGCAGAAAUGGAGGUUUGGGAACUGGCCUGAUGGGAUUCACUCAACGGUUAGACUUGUGUUUGAGGAACCCGAACCAGGGGUUACGAUCGUCAAGGUGACACAUUCUGAUGUGCCCGAGGAAGAUAGCUAUGGGAAUGCCACUGUGGUGGAGAACACAGAGAGAGGAUGGCGGGAUCUCAUUUUCCAAAGGAUACGGGCAGUUUUUGGUUUUGGACUCUAAAAUUCAUAUGAUCUUUUCCAGUAUUUGAGGCAUUUUGUUAGGACUAACACUGGAUGUUGUGCACUGUAAUACACUUGGUUUAUGUUCCGUUCAAAUGAUACGGAUCCUUUGGGUGAAACGGAUCUCAUUAUUUCUCGUUUUAUUGUAUGGGUUAAAUGAUCUCUAUGAGGUUUAAAUGAGAUAUGUAAUCAUACCCACUGCCAACAUUUAUUGUAUCUUGCAUCAGCUUUAAAUGUUAUGGGAUGAACCAGUUCUUUGUUUUCAA